UACAGUUGGUCAAACAACAAGUUUCAGUCAACCACGGAUAUCAACGUCUAUAAGAUCACCAACUGUAACAAAACCGUUUAACUGAAGCAGAACCGUAGCUCUGAAGAAUCAUGGCCAUGUAAGAAAAAUAUAGAAACCAGAGGGAGGAAAUAGCGAAAAGAGAGAGAGUUUGAAAAUUGGUGAAACUGCAAGUUGAAAGAUGAAAGAAUGGCUGAGUCAGAUGAAAAAAGCGUUCGGGUUUUCGUUUCUUUGGCUUAUUUGUUUGAUCUACUUUACUCAGGGUUUCAGAUCAUUUGUAUGGACAGCAGUUUCCUACCAGUUGAAAGACAAGCUUAAGUUGUCGCCCUCAGUCUCCCAGUUUGUGUUUUCAAUAGCAUUUUUCCCAUGGAGCAUAAAACCAUUAUAUGGAAUUUUGUCCGAUUGCAUUCCAAUCAGAGGAAGGAAAAGGGUUCCAUACUUAGUCAUUGCAACCGUGUGCUCUUUCGUGCCAUGGAUAAUUCUGGGCCUAAAUGAAUAUGUGAGGAGUUCCCAGUGGCAUCUAAUAGUCUUCUUGACAGCACAAAACUUGGGCUCAGCCAUGGCAGAUGUUGUAGUUGAUGCAAUGAUUGCUGAGGCAGUAAAAUCUGAGCGGGCCACAUUUGCUGGAGACCUCCAGUCAUUAUCUUGGUUGGCAAUGGCUUUCGGUGGAAUAUGUGGGAGUUUGUUAGGAGGAUAUGCAUUAACUAGCUUACAGAUAGAUAGAAUUUUUCUUCUUUUCUCUGUGCUGCCAACCAUACAGUUAUUAUCGUGUUGCUUGGUUAAGGAGAAUCCUGUAGGUAGUAAAGUCUUGCAAGAGUUUUCUAAUACAAGCAGCUCCCAUCUGGUGAAUGGGAAUAAUCACAUUUUGGAUGAGGAGGAUUUCUUAGAGAAGAAGUCCAAUAUCACCAUGUCAAGAAGAAAGAAGAGCCAAAAGAACAAGAAGAAGAGAUUUGUUAUGACAAGGAAACCUCAGAGUCCUGAAAAAGGCAACCACUUAGUCUUACAAUGGUUCCACUCUCUGAAAGCAGCCACUUACAGUUUGUAUUCUGCGUUUAGACAGCCCAUGAUUUUGAGGCCUAUGGCUUGGUUUUUCAUGGCUCAUGUAACUAUUCCCAACUUGUCAACCGUCAUGUUUUACUACCAGACUGAGGUCCUGAAUUUGGAAGCAUCCUUUUUGGGCACUGCCCGUGUUGUUGGAUGGGUAGGCCUUAUGCUUGGAACCUUUACUUAUAACCGCUACCUAAAAAAGAUGAAGCUACGAAGAGUUCUAAUGUGGACUCAGAUAGGAUUGUCAAUCUUGACCUUCCUAGAUAUUGUUCUAGUCUCUCGAAUGAAUGUCGCCUAUGGGAUAUCUGAUAAGACCAUGGUGCUAUAUGGAUCUGCUCUGAGUGAUGCAAUCAAUCAAUUCAAGUUCAUGCCAUUCCUCAUCUUAUCUGGACAGCUAUGUCCACCAGGAAUUGAAGGAACUCUCUUUGCUCUUUUUAUGUCAAUAAACAACUUGGGGUCUACAUUGGGCUCAUUUGUUGGUGCCGGGUUAGCUUCAUUUUUGAACAUCUCUUCAGGAUCUUUCGACAACCUUCCUUUGGGGAUUGCUAUUCAACUCCUCUGCACUUUCAUUCCAAUAGCUUUUCUAUUUUUGAUACCAAAGGAAGCUACAGGAAUAUCAACAUAAUUAGCCAUGGUCUAGAAUUGCCUAGAACCGAAAUCAAUAGUCAUUUUUAACUUUUUUAACCUUCAGAUCGAGAGUCUCAAAGCAAUAGCUGAUUUUUUGAACCCAUAAAAUUCAAUGUAGAGCUUGGCCUCCUCCAACAAUCUUCAUGUAUACAUAAACAUUUUAUACAACAGUUUUGAGUAUCAGUUCAUUAUGAAAUACAGAUUCUUUUUGGUC